AUGAAGGAAAGGGAACAAUCAUUACCUGCCAUGAUCAUGAAGGAAAGGGAACUAUCAUUACCUGCCUUGAUCAUGAAGGAAAGGGAACUAUCAUUACCUGCCAUGAUCAUGAAGGAAAGGGAACUAUCAUUACCUGCCAUGAUCAUGAAGGAAAGGGAACUAUCAUUACCUGCCAUGAUCAUGAAGGAAAGGGAACUAUCAUUACCUGCCAUGAUCAUGAAGGAAAGGGAACUAUCAUUACCUGCCUUGAUCAUGAAGGAAAGGGAACUAUCAUUACCUGCCUUGAUCAUGAAGGAAAGGGAACUAUCAUUACCUGCCAUGAUCAUGAAGGAAAGGGAACUAUCAUUACCUGCCAUGAUCAUGAAGGAAAGGGAACUAUCAUUACCUGCCAUGAUCAUGAAGGAAAGGGAACUACCGUUACCUGCCAUGAUCAUGAAGGAAAGGGAACUACCGUUACCUGCCAUGAUCAUGAAGGAAAGGGAACUAUCAUUACCUGCCAUGAUCAUGAAGGAAAGGGAAAUAUCAUUACCUGCCAUGAUCAUGAAGGAAAGGGAACUAUCAUUACCUGCCAUGAUCAUGAAGGAAAGGGAACUAUCAUUACCUGCCAUGAUCAUGAAGGAAAGGGAACUAUCAUUACCUGCCAUGAUCAUGAAGGAAAGGGAACUAUCAUUACCUGCCUUGAUCAUGAAGGAAAGGGAACUACCGUUACCUGCCAUGAUCAUGAAGGAAAGGGAACUAUCAUUACCUGCCAUGAUCAUGAAGGAAAGGGAACUAUCAUUACCUGCCAUGAUCAUGAAGCACACUUCCUCAGGUCGCACACUUUGUGACUCAGACAACUACGGAAAUAUUAUUUAG